AAAAAAAAAAUAAUUUUUGUCGCGUUCUUCAUCUACUAAACAACACACAUCGCGGGAAAAGAAUUUGUGCAAAAACUUAAGGAAAUAAACAAUAAUUUUGUGCAAAUUUAGAGGAAAAUUUUUGCACAUAAAUAAUUAAAAAGUUAAGAACAAAAGUAAAUAGUAAUUAAAAGCAAUUAAACUAAAAAGAGGACGAAAAAAAUCCAAGCGUUCAAUAGCUGAAAGAAUUUUGUUUGUAUGUGUCGGGUUUUUCACAUGCGGUGUCUCGUCGAAAAGUGAAAAUAUUUCUAAAGUUUUACAUUAUUUUUAUUGGAACAAAUAAACGUUUAAAAAAGUUGUGUUUAAUUUAAGUGUUGCUGCUUGCGUCUUGCAAAGCAAUUAAUGCCCAACCAAUAUGGAUUUGGCAAAUUUAGACAAAAUGAAGGUGGUCGAUCUGCGUAAUGAGCUGCAGACGCGUGGCCUGGAUACCAAAGGUGUUAAAGCUGUUUUGAUAGAACGUUUACGCGCCCAUUUGGAGGGAGGCGUGCCUCCCUCCCCGGGUACACCUGGUCGUCGUAGUCGUCGCACUCGAUCUAUGACCAGAUCACCUUCACCAUCCCCCGUGAAAAAGGCUCCAGAGCCGGCUUUGGAAACCUUGGAAGAGGAAAGUAAUACAGCUAAUGCUCCAGUUGCUGCAGAAGAAGCUGUAAAUGAAGAGAAAUUCUCCACGCCAGAGAAAUUACAAAGCCUACCCCCAAAAGAAUGUACACCCAAGGAGGAGAAAGAAGAGAAUACGAAUAAUAAUUCUCAUAAAGAUGAAGAAAGCUUUGAAAGUGCUGAAGAGAUGACUAAAGCACCAGAGGAAGAAGCCGAAGAGCAAACUAAUGGAGAUGAAGCUGAAGUAGCUGAAACACCAGAAGCUGAGGAGGAAACUCCGGAAGAAAACGAAGAAAAAGAAGAACAAAAUGCUAAAAUGGAGGAAAAUGUUGAAAAUAAUGAAGGAAAAGAAGAAGAACAAAACGCUAAAGCGGAGGACAAUAUUGAAAAUAAUAAAGAAAAAGAAGAAGAAGAAGUUAAACAAGAAGAGGAAGAAAAAAUUGAGGAAAAUAAUAAAUCCCUUAAAGAGU